CUUCCGCUCAACUGUCAGAGUGACGUUCACGGCAAGUCUGUGGCGACGUGGAAAUAUGGUGGAAGAGGACUAGAGUAAAAUCGGAGCUUUCUCAAAUUCUUUAUUUAGUAAACGUGUGUUUAUCAUUGACCUUUACAGCUAUAGCAACUGUUCAACCUAAGCAGAAGACUGUCAAGAACCUGGGAGAAGAACGCGAGAUAGUMCAGUGCCCAGUGUGGUAGUGGGAGAUGAGGCAGUGAGAAAGAGCCUCUCCUCAGACCCCGUGUACUCAGGAGAUGGGAGCCAACACCAGCCAGGUCAGUGACCUGUGUGAGAACCAGAGCCUCAGGACCCUGAUCGGAACAGAGUCCAUCUCAGAGAAUGAUCCCUUCUGGAACCAGCUCAUCUCUUUCACCUUCAUCAGUCCCACUAGCAGUGGGGACUCCAAGCUGUUGGAAGAGGCUGUCAUUCCCCUCGCCAAGAUUCUGAUUGAGAACAAUCCCAGAACAGGGAAUUUUGGAGCCCUGGUGAGAAUAUUCCUGGGAAGAACCAAAGAGCUGAAAAUAUCCACAGAAUGCCAAGAUCAGCUGUUUAUCUGGCAGGCCCACAAUGCCCUGUUUAUGAUCCGCUGCCUGCUCAAAGUCUUCAUCAGUGAGAUGACAGAAGAGGAGCUGCACCUACAGUUCUCCUACCAGGAGAGGGCGCCAGGCUCCUGCGACACGGGGAGAGAGGACCUGCUGGAGGAGCUGAUUUGUAACCUGGUACACCUGGUCGUGGAGGUGCCCCUGCUUGUGUCCCUGACCAGUCGGUUAGUGAAGACCCUGCUGUAUAACUUCAUCAGACAGGAGAAGUGUCCUCCUCCCGCCACACACAUCUUUGAUCAGCAGUCCGACGGUGGAGGCCUGCUCUACGGCCUCGCCUCAGGGGUAGCAAGUGGGUUGUGGAGUGUGUUCACACUGGGCGGAGCCAGCAGUAAACCAGGAUUGGAGCAGGAACAGAACCCGCUUCCCUUAUCCAAUCAGAGCCUGUUAUUACUCCUGGUGCUAGCCAAUCUGACAGAUGGACUAAACGACUGCCCAAACCCCUACAGACAGGCUGUCACCUGCUUCAAAAACACACAAGACACGUCCUCCAUCCCUACAGAGCAGCAUCAUACGUUCCAGAUUAACUUCAACAGCCUGUACACAGCUCUGUGUGAGCAACAGAGGUCUGACCAGGCUACGCUGUUACUCUACACGCUGCUGCACCAGAACACCAACAUGAGGAACUACAUGCUGUCACGCACAGACAUGGAGAACCUG